CCUGCUUUAUCUUUCUUAUCCAUGCAAUUCUUGGAUUCAAAUAUACCAUCCCAGUUUAUCCGAGUCCAGAAACCAGUGUAUAUCGAAAUCCUAUAAUAAGCUGCACCGCAUUUUGGUAUACUGAAACUCCUCCUCCCUACGGUUGUAUCUAUCACCGCCCAGUAUGUCCGUCGCGAAGGAAUUCGAGGCUGCAAAUGAGAAGUAUGCAUCUUCUUUCACGAAGGGUAGUUUGCCGCUUCCCCCGGCUCGUAAGGUAGCCGUUCUGGCUUGUAUGGAUGCUAGACUGGACCCUGCUCGCGCCCUCGGCCUCGAAGAAGGUGACGCGCAUGUUAUUCGGAACGCUGGCGGGCGCGUUGCAGACGCAGUCCGGAGCCUCGUCAUCUCUCAACAGCUCCUUGGAACCCGAGAAAUCGUUAUCGUCCAUCACACCGACUGCGGAAUGCUCACUUUUUCGGACACUGAUAUUCGGAACAAGAUCCGCAGUGAACUGCACCAGAAUGCCGAUCAUAUCGCGUUUCUCCCAUUCUCUGAUAUCAAACAGAGUGUGCUGGAUGAUAUUGAGUUGAUUAAGCAGAAUCCGCUCAUUCUGGAUGUGCCCAUUACUGGAUACAUCUAUGAAGUGGAGAGCGGCAAGAUUGUGAAAGUCUGAUGGCCCUUCUGAGAAGGGUUGGCAUUCUAUGGUUUGUGGGGAGGUUGCGAGUGAUUAAGUUGUCUGUAUUGAACGGGGGCAUGGGGUUGGUGUUGUAGAGGGGAACUG